UCCAGUGAUCCUGGCCCAUGGGAGGCAACAGGGGCCAGGGCAAAGAGGCAGUCUUUGCCAGUCUCUGUGUCCCAGCACUCUCAGCACAGGUCAGGGGGCACUCACCAGUGACGGCACACAUGCUCCUCUGGACUCCUUUCUGUGUUCCAAGUGUUUCCCUACAGAUUUGCUCCCAGGAGAGAGGGCAGCGGGAUGCAGGGCAAGCCUGGAGAACAGCAGGGAGAGGCCACGGGGGUGAAUCGAUGACCGUGUCCAGCCACAAAGGGAAUGGAUGAAGGGCCGUGGGCCAGGGAGGGAAGGUCAGACUGGGCCCUGGUAGGCAAGGGUACAACGCUGCAGAGGAGGUGGCUCUUGCACCUGGAAGGAUGGAAUCGGAGCUCCCCUCGAGGAUGGUGGACUCUCUGAUGGAGCUGGAGCCAGGCCCUGGGCCAGAGCCAGUGUCUCAUGACCCUGACGGGAGCUGUCGGAGAGGAGCAACCAUCACUGUGUCCAGGAAGCAGAGCUGGGCCAAGUUCUCAUGUGGCAUCCGGGACGUGCCGUGUAGCUCUUACAGCAGGAAGGUGCCUGCCAGUCCCACGGCCUCCGCAGAGCUGCAGGAUGAGGGUGAAGGGGUAGGGCCAGGGCGAGAGACUGACGGGGACCCCCAGUGCUCUCUGCUGCCCCAGGAGCAGUUCUUCCCCACCCAUACAGGGGGACCAGCCCUUGAGGAUGAGGCAUGGCUUGUGGAGAGCCCCCCAGCCCCAGCGCCCCCCACCCCUCAGCCCGGCCUGGCCCCUGGUGAUGAGGAGGCUGAGUCGAUGUGCAGGUAUGUGGAGCUUUGCGCCUCUGGCAGUGCUGUGAGAUGUGCCAGUCAUGGUGCCUACUUGCAGAACCUGGAGAGGAGCAGCCGCCACUGGAUCCUCUCCUCGGGCAAGGCCCAGGGCCCAGAGGAGUUGUCCCCCAGCGCCAGCACAGAAUUGAAGGAGGUGGGCGCCAUGGGCAGCGAAGGGGAGAUCUGGUACAACCCUAUCCCUGAAGAUGAGGACGUUGUGGGUGUCAGGCAAGGCACCGAGCCUGCCAGCUCCUGGAGGAAGUGGGGCAGUGGCACAAGGAGCCAGGAAUCUGACAAGGACGAGGCCAGGCCCAGCAGGGCAGAGCCAGGUGAUGAAGAGCCCCCCAGGAGCAUCGCCAGGCAAGUGGAGAUCCCCAGCUCACAGAAUGCACCUACCCCAGCUGGGCCAGUGGGUCGAGGCGAGGAGACGGGUGCCGGCAGGACACAGGCGUAUGGGAAGUUGCCAAUUUCAUGUGUGAGCGCGGCUGUGGGGUUGGCUGGCCCAUCCCCCCCGCUGAGCCCCAGCGUCUCCAAGAAGGGGCGCUCCCUGGGCAGAGUGAAGUCCCCGGGAACCGUGCGCCGCCUUUCCCUGAAGAUGAAGAAGCUGCCUGAGCUGAGGAGGAAGCUGAGUCUGCGUAGUGCCCGGCCCCGGGGGCAGGAGCCUGAGGGCAGUGACAGCACCUCACCCCAGGAUGCCCGCAAGGAGCCGGGGAAUGUCAUCAGCCGCUACCACCUGGACAGCAGCGUGGCAUCCCAGCAGGGCCCGCACCGUGCCAAGGCAGCCAGCAAGGGCGGCUACCUAAGUGAUGGUGACUCCCCUGAGCUGCUGGCCAAAGCGGACAAGCGUGCCUGUCCUGGGCCAGAGGGGCAUGAGCUUGGGAUUAGGCUGGACGUGGAUGCCUUCCAGCCCUACAGCUCCUUAGAACAGCCGCGCUGUGUGCAGCCCAUCUCGGGCCUAGUCAGUGUCCACCUGCAUGGUGUGGGGGACCUUAAGCCUCCAAAGGCUGAGUCCAGGGAGGUGUUCUGCGUCCUGCAGGUGGACACAGCCCCCAGGGCGCGCACGGCCCUGCUGCCCUGGACAGCUGCCUUCCUCAGCCUCAACCACACCUUCAACUUGGAACUGGAGGGGGCCCGACACCUCAAGGUCAUUGUCUUCUCCUGGGACCUGGCUACCUGCCGGAACCGUGUGUGCUGCCAUGGCACCAUUGUCUUGCCCCACAUCUUCAGAGGGUGCAGGGCCCAGCAGCUGGCAGUGCGGCUGGAGCCGCGCGGGCUGCUCUACUGCAAGCUGAUGUUGGUGGAGCAGUGGGACAUGCCGAGCAGCCCCAGUGACCGGGAGCCCCGGGUCUUUGGCGUGGAGCUGCGUCACUUGGUGGAAAGAGAGAACACUGUCACCAAGGUGCCGCUGCUGAUCCAGAAAUGUGUCUCCCAGAUCGAGAAGCGGGGACUGAAGAUUGUAGGGCUUUACCGGCUGUGUGGCUCAGCGGCUGUGAAGAAGCAGCUGCGUGAUGCCUUCGAGAGGGACAGUGCUGCUGUGACGCUCUCUGAACAGCUGUACCCAGACAUCAACGUCAUCACAGGGAUCCUGAAGGACUAUCUGCGGGAGCUGCCCACGCCCCUCAUCACCAAGACCCUUUACCAGGUGGUGUUGGAGGCCAUGGCCCAGCGACAGCCCCAAGAUAUGCUUAGCAGGCAGACUGCGAAGGAGACGGUCGCUCUGCUGGACUGCCUGCCGGAGAUCGAGAAGGCUACGCUGACCGUGCUGCUGGACCAUCUCAGCUUGGUGGCCUCCUUCCACGACUUUAACCGCAUGAACUCCCAGAACAUUGCCGUGUGCUUUGGGCCAGUGUUGCUCAACCAGAAUCAGGAGCCAUGGUGCCAGAGGGCCCGCAGCUAUGCCCACUGCGAGGAGAUCUCCAGUGCUGUCGACUUCAAGAGGCACAUUGAGGUGCUGCACUACCUGCUGCAGGCCUGGCCUGCCCCCUACAGGAAAGGGCGUGAUGUGGAGGGCCGGGAAAGGGCCCAGUCCACCUGCCUGCGGCAGAGGCGCCGUCCUGCACUGCGGCUGGAUCUGCUGGAGAGCGAGGUGGUGGCUCGUCACCGGCCCCGAGGCCUGGAGAGCCCCCCCACCAACCGCUACGCUGGGGAGUGGAGUGUGUGCAGCCAGGAGUAUGGGCUGGUGGCCGGGCCAGGGCACGAGAUCAACUACACCGAGGUGGCCGGCAGCGACAGCGAGAAUGAGGUGCUGGACCUGCGGGAGGGGCUGGGUGGCCCCAGCCAGACGGUCUUCGUGGGGGACUUUGCCUUGGUUGACGACCCUGAGGCGCCCUUCAGCCCCCGCCUGAACCUGAAGGACUUUGAUGCCCUCAUCCUGGACCUGGAGCGAGAGCUCUCCAAGCAGAUCAAUGUGUGCCUGUGAGUGGCC